ACCCAUACUUCAAAUAAGAAUGAUGUUAAUGGAGUGGAUGGCAGAGAGAAGUCAGUUAAUGGUUGAUCAAAUAGAUCCUAUUUGCCCGAGGAUUAGAAUAAAGUUGGAGAAGAUUAAACUAGAAUCCAGGCAUUUUAUUACUAGAGUAGCAAUGAGGAGCAAAUUUUAGGUUCAAGUGUAUGACAAUAACUUUGUGGUUGGCUUGGAUAGAAAAACUUAUGCUUGUAGGGAAUGGGAUAUCUCCGGAAUACCAUGUAAACUUUGAUGAAGUUAGAUAUCGAUGAUUAUGUUGAUGAUUGAUUUAAGAAGGAUGCUUAUCAAAGAUGCUACCAAUGUCCCUUCCCAUACAUGAAUGGAAAAAGAAUGUGGCCCCAAGUCAGUGGUGAGCUAAUCAAACCUCCACCUUAUAGAAGAAAAAGGGGGAGAGAGAAGAAAAACAUAAUCAAGGAUAAGGAUGAACGAAAUAGCAAUGGUAAGAACUAGCUGAAAGUUGGAAUCCAAAUGCAAUGUAUAAACUGCCUUCAUUAUGGGCAUAACAAGAGGACAUGCAAGAAUCCUUCAACAUCAAGGCCACCCAAAGCAAGAAAAAGAGGAAGACCAAAGAAGGCUAUUGGUGUUCAGACCAAUGCACAUGCCAAUGUACAAUCUAAUAGCGACUCUGCCAUCAUUAUUAGGAAGGAGAUGGCACAAGUACGACAAGGUUAUGGACUUUUUAUUUCUGAAGACUCUGAAAAUUCAUAUUUAAGGAUGCUUGGUAGUGAUAAAGUUAUUCACAUUGGAGGUCCAUCAAUAGCAAGAGAUGUUCAAGUUUCAGCGAGCCUAUCUUCAAUUGGUAUCUCAGAACCUCCACGCACUCAAGAAUCUGGAAUCGGUGGAGUGUGAAGUUGUGGAUCGGGAAAUGCUAGUGCUGCUGUUAGAUUAGAGGAUGUUGAGUUGUAAACUGAAAAGGGCAGUUUUUGUGGUGUUUCUAUGUGCAUUUGGCUAUGUAUUAUCUGUUUGGAGAUUUACCGACAUAGUUUUUAUUUGGGAUGUUUUCUUAAUGUACUGUAUUGAGUCGUGCACAAGACUGAACUCCU